AGAGAACUAAAGCUCCUACUUUUCAACAUUCUCUCUCUCUUUCUCUCAAGAAGGAUGGAGAGGAAUGAGAGAGAGACUCGCGACUUCAUGAACGUGGAGUCUUUCUCUGAGCUGCCCUUCAUCCGUCCGGCUAAAGAAAAGGGCAGCGGCAGCGCCAUAAGGCUUUUCGGCAAAGAAUUUGGAGGUGGCAGCAGCAUUGAUGAUGGAGAGAGCAAGAGCACAGAGACAAGCAGCAGGAAGUUCGAAUGCCAUUACUGCUGCAGAAUCUUUCCCACCUCCCAAGCUCUUGGCGGCCACCAAAACGCCCACAAGAGGGAACGCCAGAACGCCAAACGCGCCCAUCUGCAGUCGGUUAUGGUCCAUGCUGGCAUAUCAGAUGAUCAUUACCGCCUCAUCAACUACACCCGCUUCCGAUCAGCUCCACCACCUCUUCCUCCACCCUAUCAUUCUUGGAACAGCACCAGACCACACUCCUCAUACCAUCACCCACAGCCACAGCCUAUCAAUGGCAGCCCCUUGGGGUUGUGGCGGCCGUCUCCUUUUCCUUCUCUACCCACACACCAUCGCCAGAUUCCAUUGCUAGAUUCCAAGACUGAGAAGUUGAAUCCAUUGUCAACAAUAACUAGUGCUGCUGCUCUUGGCUCUCAGAGCCGGUUCACAUUCGAUGCAAAGCCUGCCAUGCAAGAUCAUGUGAGUUUGGAUUUGCAUCUCUGAUGAGUUUUCUCCAUAUAUUCUGCAGGGACAUACUCUAUAUUAAUAUAGUUUCUUCACACAUACAUAUCUAUGUGUUGCUAUAUUGUAGAUUAUGUCAGUGUCAGUUUAAUUUCGAAUAAAUAUAGUUCAAGAAUUGCAAUGGAGUUGAAGAAAUAAGAACAGCAGCUAGCUAGCUAGCUAGAAACAGACCGUUGGUGUUAAUCAAUAGACAUUCAUCACAUUAUUCUGUUAAGUCGGUCAUAUUAGUAGCAAGAAAAGGUCUCUCUUUCAUGUCUUGGUGGAUUAUUUAAUUGGAGUCACAAACCAAACCACCACUAUAAAUUGUAGCAGCACUCAAGGCAAGAAUUAAUAGAGCAGCUGAAAUGAAUAUAAGGUAGGGAUCAUCAAAGCUUUAAUGAUGUUAAGACAUAUCUAGUUGAAGAUCUGGUGUACCAUCCAGCUUUAACUGAUGAUGUUAUAACAUAUCUAGAGAAGAUUUCGGAUGAAGACUUUUGCCACUUGCUACCUCCAAAUGAUCUUGAGACCACUUAUCUUAAUUUUUAUGUUAAAGUAGGCCCCUAACUGUCAUGCUCAAUGUACUAGAUAUUAAAGAUCAAUAUUAGUUGUGUACUAUGUA